CACUCUCAUCACUCUCUUUGCCUCAGCUCCGCGCUGCUCUGCUGCACUAUUUGCCUUUGUCUUCUCGUUUUCUCGCUGUCCUAUCCUUGGCAGUAUCCCACUCUCAAUAUUUCUAAUCCCCAAACGAAAUAUCUAAAGAUAAUAGCCGAAAGAACCACCGCGAACGGCGCAGCAUUGGGUUUAUUUGGCUGUCGGAGCCGGUGGUUGCUAACUGGGCCAAUUGUUUCUGCUAAAAAUGGGGUGUGCCCAGUCCAGAAUAGAGAACGAAGAAUCGGUGGUUCGAUGCAAGGACCGGAAGAACUUGAUGAAAGAUGCGGUCGUAACUCGAAACGCCUUCGCCGCCGGUCACUCUGGGUACGCCAUUUCGUUGAAGAACACCGGCGCUGCCUUGAGUGACUACGGUCAUGGGGAAGCUGAAGAGCCCCUCGAAGAACAACCACGUGGGAUUCCUCCACUUGACUCCACUCCUCCUCCGCCUCCUCCGCCUCCUAUGAUGGACAACCUUCCUCCACCUCCUCCGCUUCCUAACUUCUCCCCUAGCCCCGUCGCUCCCAUCAAACGCGCCCUCAGCAUGCCAGAAAUGCCCAUCAAGAGUCGCAAGGAGUUCGAUUCUUCUCUCGCUAUUGAAGAAGAAGAAGAAGAAAAUCAUUUAGAAAAAGAGGUGCUUGAAAAAAAUCAUAAUGAAGGUCUCAGGAAAGACUCACGAGGGCCUAAUGGGGAAGAUAUGACGGCGUCGACAUUGGAGAACAACAAUGUGACCCACCACCCGCCGCCGAUGCCGGAAGCUAAACACAUGGCUUGGGAUUACUUCUUUAUGGUCGACAAUAACAUGCCGGGUCCGAGCUUGGAUUUGGACAACAAUGACAACGAGACCGAGGGUAGAAAUGCUGAACCUUUCGCUAACAAUGUGGGUGGUGUGGGGUUUAAUAGCCAUGGCGGAGCCGAUAGUGAGAUUGAGCCCAAGACUCCGGAGAGGCCGGAGAAGGUGGCGGUGGAGGAUGAUGUGAAGGGGAAACAACAGGUACAGAUGGAGCAUUCGAAAACGGCUCCGGCAGAUUUCAGGCGAAUGGUGAAGACCGUUUCUAGUGUGAAUUUGAUGCUGGUUUUGAAUGAGAUUGAUGACCAUUUCUUGAAAUGCUCAGAGAGUGCUCAAGAGGUUUCUAAGAUGCUGGAGGCUACCAGGUUGCAUUAUCAUUCCAAUUUUGCUGAUAAUCGAGGACAUAUUGAUCAUUCCGCGAGGGUAAUGCGUGUCAUUACAUGGAAUAGUUCUUUCAGAGGUAUGACAAACAUUGAAGACAGGAAGGAUGAGUUUGAUUCUGAAGAGCACGAGUCUCACGCCACUGUCCUGGAUAAGUUGCUAGCAUGGGAAAAGAAACUUUAUGAUGAAGUAAAGCAAGGAGAGCUGAUGAAGCUCGAGUAUAAAAGGAAGGUAGCUUGGUUAAACAAGCAGAAGAAACGUGGCGCUACUGCUGAAUCAUUGGAGAAAACAAAGGCGGCUGUAAGUCAUUUGCAUACAAGGUACAUAGUUGACAUGCAGUCCAUGGAUUCAACAGUGUCGGAAGUCAAUCGAUUACGUGAUGAGCAGUUAUAUCCGAAACUUGUUAUGCUUGUUGAUGGGAUGGCUAACAUGUGGGCAAGCAUGUGCAUACAUCAUGAUAGGCAACUCAAGGUUGUUGAAAAGCUUAAGUCUCUUGACGUUGCCCUCAGUUCCAAAGAAACAACAAAGCAGCACCACGACUGGACCAUCCAACUUCAUAACGUUGUCCAAGAGUGGCAUUCGCAAUUUAAUAAGCUUGUGACUAAUCAAAAGCAAUACAUCCUAGCUCUCAACAACUGGUUAAAGUUGAAUCUCAUCCCUAUCGAAAGCAGCUUGAAAGAGAAAAUCUCAUCUCCUCCACGAGCGCAGAAUCCUCCCAUCCAAGCACUCCUUCACGCAUGGCACGAUUGUCUUGAAAAGCUUCCUGACGAGGUUGCCAAAUCCGCUAUCUCUUCAUUCGCUGCAGUGAUAAAAACAAUAAUCAUCCAUCAAGACGAAGAGAUGAAGCUAAAAGAAAAAUGCGAGGAAACUAGGAAGGAAUUCUUGCGCAAGAGCCAGGCAUUCGAGGAAUGGUAUCACAAGUACAAGCAACGAAGAUCUGCUUUGGAUGAAAUAGAUGCAGGUGAAGACGCAAAUGCAAAGGAUCCUGUCUCCGAGAGGCAGCUUGUGGUCGAGAGCUUGAAAAAGAGGUUGGAAGAGGAAGCCGAAGCUCACAAAAAACACUGCAUUCAAGUGCGAGAGAAAUCUAUUGGAAGUCUUAAAAUCCGGUUGCCUGAGAUAUUCCGCGCAUUGUCGGACUAUUCUCACGCCUGCUCUGAAGCUUAUGAAAAGUUAAGGAGUGUCACUCAGUCACAAAAAACAAAUGGUGCCCCGUCAUAACAUACCUCACCACCUCUUGUUGGCAAUUUCCUAUUAACUUAUAGUAUCUUUUAGUGAACUGCAGCUUUUAGGGUAAACAGUACCUCUUAGCAAUGCAAUAUAGCAAUCUAUUAUUUAUGUCCUUAUAA